UGUGUCCCUCAGACACAGCGGAUCACGGAAAGAGCCGAAGAUGUCGGCUCAGUCAUGUGAUCAGCUGUGUCCAAUCACAGCUGAUCACAUGGCACUGAUGAUCAGUGUGCCCUGAUGUUCAGUGUGGUCCCAGAAGUGCCACCUGUCAGUGCUCAUCAGUGCCACGUGCCAGUGCCCAUCAGUGCCACAUCAAUGCCACAUAUCAGUGCAUAUCAGUGCCCAUCUGAGCUGCCUUUCAAUGUCACCCAUCAGUGCCACCUAUCAAUGCCAAUCAGUGCCACCUAUCAGUGCUGCCAAUCAGUGCCACCUAUCAGUGCCAGUCAGUGUUGCCUAUCAGUGCCAGUCAGUGCCGCCUAACAGUGCCAGUCAGUGCCGCCUAA